AUGACGGCUCCUAUCACCGUUCAACCCUCCGAGGUCUCCGCAUCCCAGGCCAUGGAACCCCGAGAUAUGCCAUACUCCACGCUGAGCAAGUCAAUGACCUUUGCCAGCCUGGAUCAAUACCAGUACUGGCAUGCUGUCGCCCCAAUGCUAGGGCGAAUGUUGGCAAAUGGCAAUUACAACAUUCACAAGCAAUAUGAAUAUCUGUGUCUCUUCGCUCAUGUCAUCAUUCCCAGACUGGGACCAUUCCCAGGAGGGAGAGACAUAUACAAAUGCCUACUUGGGGGCACUGGCUCUGUGGAGCUCAGUCAGAAUGUCCAGAAAUCUGGGUUGGUUGCACGGGUCGCUUUCGAGCCUACAAGCUACAUCGCCAGUACCGGAAUGGACCCGCUGAAUCGGCACACGGUGCACGCUACACUGGCAGAGUUGAGGGCGAUCGGGUCUGCCACGGUUGACAUGGAGUUGCAUCAAAUGCUUGUCAACGAGUUGACCUUGACAGAUCGCGAAGAAAAGCUCAUGUCCCGAGAGGAAAUUGCGAAAACCGCGUGGAAAACCCAGAUUCUCCUUGCUUUAGAUUUGACCCAGAAGGGUAUCACAGUCAAGGAGUAUUUCUAUCCCGCGCUGAAGGCUGCCGUGACGGGAAAACGUGUUGCGAAGCUGUGCUUCUCGGCAAUUCGAAAAGUGGACAAGCAAGGGCUCUUCGAAGCUCCAAGCAAGGUUAUCGAAACUUAUAUGCAAACACAGGAACAGACAGACCUCUACUUCCUGUCCUGUGACCUUGUCGACCCAGCGGAAACUCGGUUCAAGCUCUACCUUAUGGAGUUGGACAUGAGACUAGGCAAGGUUGAAGAACACUGGACAAUGGGUGGCAAGCUCACCGACGAAGAGACAAUGACAGGUCUAGACAUGCUGCGGGAGCUUUGGGUCGAGUUUGGGAUUAUCGAAGGCAUGCGGAACGAGCCCGAGCGGCCAUCACUUGCUGGAGAUCCGAACACUAUUGUCCCCUUCAUUAUGAAUUACGAAAUGAACCCUGGAGAGAACUUGCCAAAACCCAAAUUUUAUUUCCCCCUGGUUGGCAUUUCAGAGCUGAAGAUCGCCAACGUACUCACUGCGUUCUUUGAGCGUUACGACAUGCCGGAGCAGGCUUCAGUCUAUCGGGAGAAUCUGCAGACGUACUAUCCCAGUAAGGAUUUAGCUCUUGCAACUGAUCACCAAGCAUGGCUUUCCUUUUCAUACACGAAGAAAAAGGGACCGUAUCUCACCAUGUACUAUCACUAG